CCCAAAGAUUUUUGUAUCCUCAUUUUGAGAUUUUUUAAAACGGUGCCUUGGCCUAGUCACUGUUAACAUGAAGUGGGCCUAAUAAUUAUUCACUGUCUGAGUCAGAAAUGUAGUUGGAAUGCAGUUGGAAUUGCAUUCAUUUUUUCCCGCUAAGGUGUCUUACCUGGACCAAUAGAUUUGCUUAAUUGAUUUUGACGCGCAGCUGAGACCUGGGGCUAAAUUUAGUCGCAUUCUUUUCCGUAUCAAGCCACGCGUGACAUCGUUGUGUUAUUUACGUUCUUUGGCAGCCGAGGGGGUUUAGCAGAGUAGGCUAUAUAAUCCAAGAAAAAUAGAUUUUCCACACAUCUAAAGCGCCUUGUCCUGUCGCACGCACUCAGGCGCUUUCGCUGCCCGCCCCGUUCAACUCCCUCUCCUCCUCCCAGCCUUCAAAUCAUCUGUGCCACAUUUCCUGUUUAGCAUACCUCCUCUCCGCCACAGCAGGUGAACGUCGCCCUCUCCUCUCCUCUCCUCUCCUCUCGUCGCACUUCUCAAUUUUGCCUCAAGCUCGGCAGCUGUUGCCGCAUUGUUGUUGUUUUUUUGUUUUGCCUCAUGGAGAUCACUACCGGGUCCAGAGUUGCAGAAGUUGAGACCCAAACGGCGCUGGGACGAAGCGACCACACGGCAGUGGUGAAUGGCAACACUCUUUACGUGUGGGGAGGAUGUCAGACGGUGGACGGAGAAGAAGUUACACUGCCCAGUGACGAGAUGUGGCUGUAUGAUAUGGAAAGUGGAGUGUGGUCCCUGAGGAAGAUGAGUGGGGAUGUUCCUCCGCUGUUGUCUGAGACCUGUGGCUCCUGUCUCCAGGGCCAUCUCUACAUCUUCGGAGGCUGCGACGAACACGCCCACACCAACCAGAUGUACCGAGUGAACCUGGAGGACGGGGAGUUUGUGUGGAAGAGGUUGACGGACACCCAAGGCACCCCGCCCUCACCCAGAGACAAGCACUCCUGCUGGGUAUACAGAGAGAGAAUUAUCUACUUUGGCGGCUACGGGUGUAAGACGGUGCGGGAACUCAACAAUGAGAAGAGCUUCAUGGUGGAUCACACAUCUUGGGCCACCAUAGGCACGGUGAUCUUCAGGUUCUGGGGCUGGAAUAACGAGGUGCACAUGUUUGAGCCCGACACCAACAGCUGGUCAGAGCCACAGACACAGGGUGUUGGUCCAGCUCCGAGAGCGUCCCAUGCCAGUGCGGUGGUGGGCAGCAAGGGCUAUGUGUGCGGGGGCAUGGAAUCAACUCUGAUGGAUCUGCACUGCUUAGAUCUGGACACAUGGACAUGGACACAAGUAUACCCCUCUUCAGAGCUCCUCCCGGUGUGCCGCUCCCUCCACACCCUGACGGCCGUUUCGGAACACACCCUCCUCCUCUUCGGCGGCCUGAGCGCCAAGGGCCAGCCGCUCAGUGACACGUGGGAGUUUGACACACGCACCAAAGAGUGGAGAGAACGGCAACAUCUGCACAGAGCACAGCCCAGGUUGUGGCACUCGGCUGGGCUGGGGAAUGACGGUGACGUGGUGGUGUUUGGAGGAACCCGAGACUACACCCUGCUCAUGGACUCGGUGGCAGUGCUGAGGUCGCCAUCACAGAACCACUGUUCAGAUGUACUGGUCUUCCAAACACAGCCAUACUCUCUAGUCCGGUUAUGUGAGGACUGCAUAGGUCAACACGCAUCUGUUCUGUCGGAGCAGCUGCCCUGGUUGCCAUGGAAGCUGAGAGAGGGGAUUCAGAAGAGGAUCUCCUUCCACAGCGUAAACACGCACCGACGACCGGAGACAGAGGCGCUCACACACUCCUAAACACACUCUUGGUUUUGAGAGUCCACUGCCUUCCUUGGGCACAACAUUACAGCACUUUAGUUUACCUCAAAAAAGUCUUCAUGCCAAGUCUUUUUUUGUUUGUUUCCUGUGUUUUAUUUGUCUAAAUUUUAAGCCAUGUUUGUGUCUUUUUUCUGUUGUAUGUUUUAAAGGAACAAUUGUUUAAUGUUUAACAUGUGUGGUGUAGGCUGAAAUAUGUUUAUGUAAAAUAUGUGUAUAUGUUUGUAUUGAGCUGCCUUUCGGAAAACACUGCCGAUUUGUUUUAACCCACAGUUUAAUUGUAUUUUUGACACUAGGCAUUUAAAUAAAGUUAUUUUCUGUAUAAA